UUUUGUUUUUGCCUGCCCCCAAAGUUCAUUUAAUUACCAGUUUGUGCCAAGAUAGAUCCAUGAUCAUAUAUAUUGUUAAGAUUCCUGUGUCAAUAAACUUCAUUGAGUGCACCAGUUAUCAGCUUCUUCGAGUAGCAAUAUCACAUGGAAUAAAUCAAUUCUUUAUGCCAUACGGACUUUGAUCAAUAACAAAAUAGCGCGGUAGAACACAAUAAAAACCGUCGAGGUCGUACAAAAAAUAAAUGACAUUAUUGUUGCACGGUAGAAAUGUCGUGUGCUUAUCGUUGGUACAUCGCGUUGUGAAAUACAUAAAUUAAUCGUGCUGAAUCUUAUCAAAACAGUUUGCAACGUUGCAUCUGAAGGAAACUCCAGGAAAUAGAACACACAAACGGGCUUUGAGGAUUCUGUAGUGAAACAUAUUCACCUGUGCGGACACCCCUCUCGAACUGGGCAUUUUACUUUGAAGGCGGAUCCGACGCUUGUUAUAAUAUCUUAUCGCCAUGGCCUCCAAAACUAUGAUUAUUCUCAUCGUCUUGCUCGGUGUGAGUAUAUCAUGGGUAACAGCGCCAACCACUUCUGGCAUCUCUACAACGACCAACCAAACAAAAGCAGCGGUCACAAAUGGAACGACGACCGUCCCAUCAACGGGAACGACACCGAACGAUACCACCACAGCUGAUAUGACAACGUCAACGCCACAAACUCAGCCAACGCUGACGACGUCGAACGACACGACGGAACCGCAGACUACCACUGCACCGCCAACGACGUCGAUGCUGACGACGACCAAGGCUCCGCCCGAGAUUGGUACGUGGACCGUGGUGGCUGGCGCCAAGAAUCAGACUUGUAUGAAGAUGUCUUUCAAGGGGACGAUCACCCAGACAAAUGUCGAUCCCAUCCUGAUCCCGACCACGGCUGCUGCGGACUCGUCAUCGUGCAAUGAUGACGAGUCUGACUUCAUGCUCAAGUUCCAAGACGAAAACAUGACCGAUAUCUCAGUCACUCUCAGCUUCGUCAUGCAGGACAAAGAGACAUCAUAUCUGUAUUCGUCAUCAAUCACACAUAAUCAAACAACCGUGCCAAAUGUCCAGAUCCUUUUUGCGACUCCAGUUGGCAACAGCUAUCAGUGCAAUAAACAGAUGAUUUCACUAGGCGCUACCUACAAUCUCACGCUAGAAGACUUGCGACUCCAGCCGUUUGCCUCGUUUGCUAAUCAUGACUUUGGAAAAGCCUAUUCGUGUGAGAGUCCUCCAAGUGGUCCUAAUGCCGCCGUCAUCGUUGGGUUGGUUCUCGGUGCCAUCAUCCUCAUCCUCGUCAUUGCCGUCGUCGUCUUGUAUAGGAAAAAGAAGGGGCCUGGGAGAGGCUACAACAACUUUUCAUAAAAGUUUGGAAACUCAGCCAACCUCUUUUAAGCCCCACUGCACUACUUUUAGCAACUAGCUCCCUCUAUAUAGAAAAUAAUGUCUAAGCGGUACCCGUUGG